CCACAAGACUCCAAAGUCUCUGAUUCUUUAAGGAGUUGUCUCGAGGUCCAUUUUGUGUGUGUCAACUACCUUGAUUCGCCAUGCACGGUUUCGUCAAAGACCGCGGCAUCAACACUACACGGCAGGUGGCCGCAGCGAACGCGAAGAUCCUAAUCAAGAAGUCGGCGCUCACUCAGCAGCCCCAGGUCCAGUCGGAUAUUCCUGCUCGUGGGUCCGGGAACGCUCAAAAUACUUCUGUGGCGCUACAGCAGUUUUCUCAACAGUAUUCCCUUCAGAAUCCGCAGCAGAACCUUCAGCGCCUACAGUCAGGCCAAGGUCAGAAACGCGAUGCAUAUGAUACUGAUGCAGAGAGCCUUGACACCACCGUGAAUCAUUCCGUUGUGCAGGUCGAAGACAGUCAAUAUGGCCAGCCGCAGCUUCAGCAGCACGGCCACAUUGUUGAUCUCGGCUCGGAGGACGUGAAAGAGCAGAGCUCCGAAGACGUGGACGAAGAUGAUGAUGAGGAGGGAGAGUACGACGCACAAUACCAGAUCAGCACGGAAGGAGUUCAACUUCUUGAACAGAAAGGAUAUCAAGGUUACACUCACGAAGAGCAAAUGGAUUACCUUUACCAGAAUCAUCGGGGCCUGCUUCGUACCAUCGACGGCGACUCCUACCCAACCACCACGGACGGCAAUCCCAAUGAAGAAGGGGGCCACGAACCGUGGGAUGAUUAUGACGACAACCUACUAGUUUCACCUUCUCCACAACGCCCUUCCAUAAACGGCCCGACGAUGCAAGUAUCCUCACCACAACCCGUUCAACAAGCACCGAACGCUUCUGGUUUCGGCCAAGCUAUGCAGAAACCAUCGAAAGUGCUCCAAUUCAGUGCGACUCUUCGUGACCAGCAGCGUUCCAACACAAUCCUUCCACAGCGUGGAGGACAUGUCCACCAGGGUAAUCCCACCCCACCCCCAACGAGUCAACCGCCCACUCACAGCCAGACCGCACUUGCCCUACCGGUACACUCGACUGCACGCCAAAUCAAGCAUGCGCAGGCCGAUCAACUUGUCCAUCCUGUUCCACAACACAUAUUUGGAUCUGGGCGUGUACAGUCUCAGCCUCACGCCGUUGAUCUUUUCUCCCACGUCAAAUACCCUUCUUCAGCACGCUCCAAGACCAACCCUCCUGUUCAACAACAACAAGUAGAGCAGGCAUCUGCCGAAGAGCUCCACGCUGAUCCAUUUGAUUAUGAUCGUGAGGCUCUGUUGGGUAUGACUUAUGAGCAGUUGAAGAAUGAAAGCUUCGACGAAGAUCCGCGUGCGAAAGCAUCAAUCCUCAGCGACGACAUGCUUCAGAAAUCACUCGUCGAUCGUCUGGAGUUCGUGCAGGAGAAUUUCGAUGCUGAAAAACAAUCCACCUUCUUCCACUCCGUACGGUCUACCGAGUGGGAAGAGGCUGGUGAUUGGUUCAUCGGAAAGUUCAGUGAAAUCCUCAAUCGUACCAAAGAGGCAAGACAGACAAAGCGAAAGCUCGCCCGCGACUUCGAGCAAGAGGUCGAGAAGCGCCAUCUCCAUGUGGCGAAGAAGCAGCACCAGGUUGAGGAAGCUAUGAAGAAGAUGAAGACGCAGGGCGAAGGUCUUGUCAGGAGUCCAAGGCCAUCGAGGAGUCCGAGGCCGAAGAGGGGUUAGUAUGCGUGGGAUAGAAGGCGGAUGUCUAUGAAAAUGAAGGCGUUUAUGUUGGGGCUAACGAUGUUACGCGAUUACGAAGAGCGUGGAAUGAUGCAUAUGGAGUAUCAUCCGUAGAGAUGUGUCUAUGGUCUUGUGCGGGCGAGCUGCAUUUUUUAUACCCACAUUUGCAAACAUGUGUACUUUUAGUGCAUUUACGCAAUACUUACUUGAACCAAUAUUGCGG